AUGAGCUCCGGAUCCUCCUCGUCCUUCACCCUCUUGGAAAAGCCCCUUACAGUAGUUUUCGUUCCAAUGAUCAGUCGUGGAGAGCCAGUGAGAGCACCAGCUUCAUCUGCGGCCUGCACGCUGCGGCCUGGAGCAAGCGGGCGUGUGCACGCGCAGGGCUGUGUGCGCGGGUCAGGGCUGCCUUUGCCGCCGUCAGAGGGUCGAGUCCAGGCUGGCCCCAUUCCCUCCACGUGUGCCCCCCCUCCCCUGGCAAAGGGCAGCCUCUACCUUGCUGAGAGCAGGGCUGGAGCGAAGCGUUGGAGCUGGCACCCGGUGCGGGCUGGGGUGCGCCCUGGGGUGGGCCGGGAAACCACCCGGGCCCGAGGCAGUUUUCAGCCCGCGCCUCCCUGCCGUUACCGGGAGUAA